ACAUUUUGCUUUUGGACCUGAUUCGUUUGUGUAGUGCUUGAAAAAAUAAGGGCAUGUCUAGUUAGAUUUCUUUAAUAUUAUUGUAUAAUGUAUAUUAUGUUUCAUGGCAGUUUGGGGCAUGCCAUGUCUUUGUAUACAGUAAUCGUUCACCUGACACAGUCUCGCCAUAUCACAGAUUUGUCCAUUAAACUGCUUGUUUGUCAUUGCUUGCAAAUUAGUACAACUUCUAACACCUGAGUGGCCACACCCAUCAGAGGAAGUUGUACUGCUCAAGUGUGGCCCCCAGAUGGCUUCAAGGUUUGCUCAGACCCGAGCUGGAAAAAAAACGGAGUUUUCAGAUUCCUUACUGAGGGACAUCAGUCCUCUGAGUAAAAUCGCUCACAGUGUCCCCCCAUGGGAAUGUAGUCAUCAAGCAGAUUCCCUCAGGGAGCAACUGAAGGAGAUGGAUGAGCAUGUUUCCAGACUUCAGGACAUGCUGAAGAGUGAACGGGGCAAAAGCACCCGUUUGCAGCUGAGGGUCAACCAGUAUGAAGCUGAGCUGAGACGCAGAGAGCAGCAAAGCAACAGAAUGAAAGAGCGACUUACACAGUUGUCUGACAGAAACAAGGAGAAAGGACCCUCCAUUGAGGUGCUGAACUUUCCAACAGGGGAUCGAGGCAAAAGCGCAAAGUCAAUCAAGUCAUCCCGGUCCACUGCAAAGCAAGAGGACGCAACGAUGCGUCUGAUGCUGGAGCGCAGAGAAUCAGAGCUCAGGGAGGCAAUGAAGCUGCGCCACAGCCUCACCACUUUACUACAUGCUGUCAGAGUUGACAUGGAGCAAACCCUGUCAAAUUCUGAGGAUGUUGUGGAAGGAUCCCCAAAUGGAAAUGAAAAGUUAACUCAAGCUGAGGCAGCGCUUGGUGACCAUGUGACAGGAGGUGUGGUUCAGAGUUGGAAACGUGUGCAGCAAAGGCUGGUUGACCUUCGACACGAGGGCCAAACAGGCGAUGGCACUGACCAUGACAAACUCUUGGCUCAGCUUGAAACAGAACUAAAAGAGAGUCAACAAAUUGUCAAACUACAACAGCAAAUGCUGCAGGACACCCUUGUAUCACCCGUCCUGUCCGAGCUGACUGAUUCUUAUUUUUUGGAAGAGUGGGAGCGUCUCCAAGUGCGACGGGCAGACCUCAAAAAUCAGAGACGGACUUUCGAGAGGGAGAGGCAGUCCUUCACCGACGCCGCCAUACGAUUAAGUCGUGAGCGUCGUGACUUUGAGAAUCAGAAGCACUCUUUCUUGAAGCAGCAGUAUUUGCAUGAUUCUCCCUUGUGUCGUAAAAGAUCAGCAAGCUGCAAAACUGAUUGCACCCUUCUUGGUUUAGGGCCUGCUAGAAUGUCUGGCUGUGUUCCCAUUUCGCCAUCUUCCACCAAAUCCAGCCCUGUGACUGUUUCAGGGUGCUAUCAAGGAAGAAUCAGAGUUGUAACACCCAGUACUCCUGAGCUCUACGCUGUCCUCAGUCUGUCACACAAUUGCAGAGCCAAAGAGAGAGCAAACCUUCCCGAGAGAUGGGAUGGUGGGACGGACGGAAUGUACGCAAACCCAACUGCUACUUUGGACUGUUCAUUUUGAGGCAAUUCCAUCCAAAGCGAUUUUAAAACAUGCAUUUUCUUAAACUAAUAAAAGGUUAAAAAUUG